GUCUAUAAUUGUGUCAAUGCAUUACAAGUAAACAUGGAAACAACACCUCUCCUUGAGAAGGUGUCUCCCGGCACCAAGGUGAAUGUUAAAAGUUUGAUUAUUAACAACAUAAUUGUUUGUUUGUUGGCGUCGGGCACGCAUAUCUACAUGCCUGUGAUGAGUCAAUACAUCUACCAUCGUGUCGCAGAUUCCGUAUUCGGGAAUGACACUCGCAUCAAGAACUUCACUGUUCUGGCUCCCUGCUUCCAGAACACGUCUGAUGAAGGAUACCGUCUUCAGGAGAAGGCUCAACAGAUCGCCUCUACCAAGUUAUGGCAGUAUUCCAGUGCUUCAGCCGGUAUCGCCGUCUUCAGCAACAUCAUCCUUGGAUCCUACUCGGACAUCAUUGGGAGAAAAUUUCUAUUCCUUUGUCCAAUGGCUGGUCAUUUAUUGCGCAACGCUAUGACUGCAGUGAUAAUCCAUUGGCGCCUGGAUUUGAAUUACUUCUUCCUAGCUACGGGUGUGGAUGGUUUACUUGGCGGUGGCUGGGGCUUUAUGCUGGCCACCAUGGCCUAUACAGCAGACCACACACCUCCCGAACAGAGCAGGAGUUUGAACAUAGUCAUCCUGGAAUGUGUGAUAGGUCUGUCAGAGUCAUUUGCUUCAACGGCUACUGGCUAUUUCAUUCAAAACACUGGGUUCUUCUAUCCUUCCCUUACAUCCGCAGCGGUGACAUUGUUGGAUAUGUUGCUGGUGGUAUGUUUCAUAGAGAGUUCCAAACCAACAGAUUCUAAUGACAAAGAGAGUAGCAAAUCCCUAUUGCAUGGCAUGCGCAAUAUAACUGACAUAUACUUUGGUGGCAGUGUUUUGAAACGUGCUAUCUUCUGGCUUGGUCUGUGUGUGUUCUUCUUCUCGUCUUUGAGUGACGGAGGAGGAUCUAACAUAGACACAUUGUUCUUCAUGAACCUGCCGUUCUGUUGGAGUCCUGAGAAGAUGGGUAUAUAUGACACGAUCAGCACUGUAGUGAGGAAAACAUUUGGUGUGGCGAUCGUCCGUCUCUUACAAUGUUGCUGCUCUGACAUCACCAUGGGGAUGCUAGGUUUGAUCUCAAACGCUGGGGGAGAAAUGUUGUUCGCCUUCGCAUCGGUCGAGUGGAUGCUGUACCUUGGAUAUCCUGGCGUUGCUAUCGUCGGUUUUCUUCCAACACCAAUGGCCCGGAGUAUUCUGUCCAAGCAACUGCCAUCAAAUAGACAAGGGGCGAUAUUCGCGAGUCUGGCAGUGGUGCAGGCGUUGUGUUCUGUGGUGGCGGCUGUAGUCUACAACAACAUCUACCAGGUGACUGUCACCUUCUGGCGGGGCGCUGUCUACAUGUCCUAUGCUGCCACCAAUGGCAUUACACUGAUUGUGUUCAUAGUGAUGGCGAUCCUCAUACAAAAACAGAGGAAAUCAACAGCGCAACAGAUCAAUGUAAACUAGAGCGGUGUGGAUAUUGGCAAGAACGAAUUUCUCCUAGAAGAAACGAUGAACCGCAUAGCAUUGUAGCUCACGUGCUAUGUGGCCAACAGUUGUCAACAUUGAAAUACAAAUAUUUUCUUCAUAUUUAUUGAGGACAAAUGUUGGAUUACCUGCAUCAUUACAAGCAACCCAAUCACCAACCAUUCCUCAGUGCACAACCAGCUCACAACAUCGAUGUUUAUUUUAAUGAGAAAUUUAACAUGCACUUCCAGUAGAAAAUCCUGACUACUUCUUUGCCUGGCAUGAAACCAUUAUUAGAAAGGGUGAACUUGUUAGGAAACAAGCAUAGAAGACGUUUCGCAUCUAUGGAGAUAGAAGACAGUUUUCUUCAGCAAUAGGGCCAUCAUCCUUAAAUAAAUAGAGUUAGAAGUGAUGUUGAAGUAAAAAUAUAUUUAAGGAAGGACAAAUUCAUUAUCACGUUUCUGACACAUUAAUGUAUUUCUUGAGUUUAUUCACAAAUACCAUAAAAAUGUUAGAAUAAUUUCAUUCCUUCUACCGGGUACAUACUAUUACAUUUAUCUUGUAUUCUGAAAUAUGAAGAGGAGGUGUAUUGCAUUACAAUAUUUACAAACAAAUAUAAUAUUGAAUCUUUUAAACGUUUACUGUUUCAUUUUCAAAUAUAUACACAAGCUUUCUUUAAAUGGUGUCUAUUAAUCCCUUCAAGACUUUGUGCAAGCUUGAAUGAGUGCAUAUGAAUUUAGCUAUCAAUGAUUUUCAUGUAGAAAGAGUUGUUAAAGAUAGAUAAUUCUCCUUAUGCAAAAGUGGCUGAUAACAUUUCUAGCUGUAAGAAUGCGAGAGACAUAUGAUGGAUUUAUUGUUAGCCUUAGUUUGUCUAAAACUUUAACAUACUGCACAGAUUCACCUGAAAUGUGCCAAACAAUAAAGAUGCUGUUAUCCAUAAAAACAGUUUCAUGUUGUCAUAUUCUACCAACUUCUAAAUGCCGUUCAAAGACUUCAUUGCAUAAAUAUAGUUGGAAUCACAAAAUGUUGGUGCAGUCACAUGUAUCCAAAAACCAAAUUGACACCAACAGACAUCGGAAAUAGAAUACAUCCGGUGUCUC